CAGCCAAAACGCGGAUCGCACGUGCCGCGAUGCUGAGGUAAGUAUCUGGAGCGUUUCCGAGCACUCGCAGAGCAAUUUACAGAGGGAUUGAAUUUGUGUCAUUGAGAUUCUCUCGCUCUUGGGCUAGCUGAAAGCCGUUUUCCCCAACGAAGUGUAGAGAUAGAAAGAUAGAGCGAGGGAGAGGGGAGAGCAAAGCACAGAAAUGGAGGAGGAAUUGAAAGCCCUGUUGCAAGAGAUCAAAGCCCUGGACCACCUGUCACAAGGUCCCAAGUGUCAGGAUGCCAUAGCCAAUCUUCAAAAGCGUGCAGAGUCUGUCGCUAGUUAUAUAAACUGUGCAAAGAUGGGACGUUCAAAUAUCAAGGAUAUGAGUUCUGAGGUGGUAGAUACCAACCCUUACAGCAGACUGAUGGCGCUUCAAAGGAUGGGUAUUGUGGACAAUUAUCAACGCAUAAGAGAUUAUUCAAUUGCUAUUGUUGGAAUUGGCGGCGUAGGUAGCGUUGCAGCAGAAAUGCUGACAAGAUGUGGCAUAGGUCGAUUGUUGUUGUAUGACUAUGACACUGUGGAGUUAGCUAAUAUGAACCGGCUGUUCUUUCGCCCAGAACAGGUUGGCCUUACAAAAACAGAUGCUGCUGUUCAGACUCUUUCGGAUAUUAACCCUGAUGUUGUGCUUGAGAGCUAUACAUUGAAUAUCACAACUGUGAAAGGUUUUGAGACCUUCAUGGAGAGCUUAACGAAGAAAGAUUUUGGAUUAAGCGAUAAUGGUAGUGGAGUUGACUUAGUGUUGAGCUGUGUGGAUAAUUAUGAAGCUCGCAUGGUCGUAAAUCAGGCUUGCAACGAGCUCAAUCAGAUAUGGAUGGAGUCCGGUGUGUCUGAAGAUGCUGUUUCAGGUCAUAUUCAAUUAUUGAUUCCUGGUGAAACAGCUUGUUUUGCAUGUGCUCCUCCUUUGGUUGUUGCUUCAGGAGUGGAUGAACGUACGCUGAAACGUGAAGGCGUUUGUGCUGCAUCUUUACCAACCACCAUGGGUAUCGUGGCAGGACUUUUAGUUCAAAAUGCGCUCAAAUUCCUUCUUAAUUUUGGACAAGCAUCCAAGUACUUGGGAUAUAAUGCUCUUAAGGACUACUUCCCAACCAUGGAUUUGCGCCCAAACCCACAAUGCUCUAACUCAGUCUGCCUAGAGCGCCAGAAAGAGUAUAUCAAAAUGAAACCAGUUAGAGAUGUUGCAGCUAAAGCAAAGAUGGAAGCUGAAGCUUCAAAUAGUGAAGAAGCUUCACUUCAUGCCGAUAACGAAUGGAGCAUCAGUGUCAUUGAUGAUUGCAAUUUGGACAACACAAUUACUGGAAGAGAUUCAGAAAGUCUUCCAGAAGGUCUUGCACGGGAACUUCCAGAUGCUGAUGAUUUACAAAGGCCACAAACAACUGAAGACACGGUAGCUUUCACAGGUGAUCUCGAGGAUCUUCAAAAGCAACUUGAUGCUCUAAAUGCAGCUUGACUCCAAUACUGACCAUUGCGAUUUUGUUUGCUUUCCCACAAUUUUGAAACUCAAAUGAGAUAAUAGUGCUCAGAACAAUAUUCCUGAAAGAGAAUACAAGAAAAACAAAUAUCAUAAUUAUAAUGGGGUUCACGAUUAGUGUUGGGGACUUGAGGGCCAUGAUGAAAUGUAAGGUUCAUAUCCUUGCUAUCAUUACUAAAUGGAAGCAUCUACAAAACUCCAA